AUGUUGUGCUCGCGCGCUUCCGGCGCCGCUCUGCAGCCCGUUUACCACACUCUCUUUGUCGUUUUCUUGUUUCUGUCAUGUCUUUUUACUGCAGCAGACGCAACCAACUGCUCUGCCUUUGCCACCAACGGUACUGCAGCCGCGCAGUACAACUACUAUCGUUUUUAUGACUUUCGGAACAUUCCCUCAGACACUUGGGAUUCUGUAAAGAAUGCAACGAGCCCCAACAAUGCCUCGGCGGGUGCUUCGACCGCCGACAUGGGAUGGUCGCUCGACUGGCAGCGUAGAAGUGGCUUGCUCUACGCAGGCGAGGGCCAGAAUCUGCUUCCUAUUGACUAUCAGCCAGACAAGGCAGCACUGAAGACCCUUGAUGCCGAUGAGGCUGAUCCCGGCGUGACUACUGCGCUGGGCUUGACAAGCUCUCGGCAAUACAGCGACCGUCACCAGUCUGCCGGUAUUGACUUUAAUGAGGACUCGAUCCUCUACUUGUCUCUGCGCGUGAGGGCGCGCGUGACUGGUGCCAAGGGUGCCUGUACCGCCUUCUUCACCUAUGCCAACGACACCCAGGAAGCCGACAUUGAGCUCUUGACCCGCGAUGAGGACCACGUUGUCGGUUUCAACACGCAGCCCAGCAUCGACAUUCACGGCAACUACAUCAACGCCACGCACUUCAACACCUCCCUCCCCCACAAUCUCACCCGGGAGCAGUGGGUCGACUACCGCAUGGACUGGGUUUCUGACCAAGUGGUCUGGUAUAUUGACGGAGUACACAUGGGAAACACGUCGACCAACGUACCGGUCGAGCCUAGCCAUCUGUACAUUACCAUGUGGGGCAAUGGUGGAACCUGGACAGAGAAUAUGACCCUUGGAGACUCGGCCCUGCUGGAAAUCCAAUGGAUCGAGGUGGCAUACAACCUCAGUGAUGCUGAGCCGGUAGCUAACGCCAGCGCCCAGAUCUGCAACUUGGACGAGGCCAAGGAGGAUAACACCUGGCAGCCUACCUCCUUCCCGGCGCCGCACGACUUUUCAGCUUCGGCCGGCUAUAAGUUGGGCAUGAGCACCCUCUUUAUGGUUUUGGCGAUAAUAUUUACAAUAUAA